GGCCGGGCCGGGCCGAGGCAAGCCGGCUGCAUGGCGUUCCGGCAGGCCCUGAAGCUGGCGGCCUGCGGGCUGGCCGGGGGCUCGGCCGCCGUCAUCUUCUCGGCGGUGGCCGUGGGGAAGCCUCGCGGGGGCGGGGACGGCGGGGCGGAGCGGGCCGGAGGCGGCGGCGGCGGCGGCGGCGAUGGCGGCCCCCUCGGCGGGCCCGGCGGACUCGGCGUCUGGGACUCCAACUGGGACAAGCGAGAACCGAGAUCUCUGAUUAACCUGAGGAAAAGAAAUACAGAGACUGGAGAAGAGGAGCUGGCAUCCAAACUAGAGCACCAUAAAGCCAAGGCCACCAGGCACAUCUUUUUGAUUCGGCAUUCCCAAUAUAAUCUGGACGGUUGUCUUGAUAAAGACAGAACUCUGACGCCGCUGGGUCGUGAGCAAGCUGAACUAACCGGGCGCCGCCUGGCGACCUUGGGGCUGAAGUUUGACAAGAUCGUCCACUCCUCUAUGACCCGAGCUGCCGAGACCACGGACAUAAUCAGCAAGUACCUGCCCGGGGUGAGGAAAAUCAGCACUGACCUGCUGAGAGAAGGAGCACCUAUUGAACCAGACCCUCCCGUCUCUCAUUGGAAACCAGAAGCUGUGCAGUAUUACGAGGACGGGGCCCGAAUCGAGGCUGCUUUCCGGAACUACAUCCACAGGGCUGAUGCCAAGCAGGAGGAAGACAGCUACGAGAUCUUCAUCUGUCAUGCCAACGUGAUCCGUUACAUUGUGUGCAGAGCUUUACAGUUCCCUCCUGAAGGCUGGCUCCGGAUGUCCCUCAACAAUGGCAGUAUAACCCACCUGGUGAUCCAUCCUAACGGCAGAGUGGCCCUCAGGAUGCUGGGAGACACAGGAUUUAUGCCUCCUGACAAAAUCACCCGUACGUGAACGCGUAGCCACCAGGCCGCUUAGCGGUGCCUCCGAGUUCUGUAGCGGUGCCUGCCAGUCCAGAUCUCAUUCAUAAAAUCCUUGUUAAGUGUGGGCGAUGCUGACUUUCGAAAGAACUUCUCUCUUCCUCCGCUUCCCUCCCGCCACCCCUGCUGGUUGCUCUUCACUCCAGAAAAGAUGUCUUGCAGGAAAGGCCAGGUUUUUAGGUGCGGGCAUUUCGGUCCGACAAAAAACCUGGCACCUUUCUGACCAGUGAGAGAGAGGGCGUUUGUCAGGUGUUCCCACUUCACUGAAUUCUUCACCUGAUCCAGGCUGCAGCAAAAAUCCCUGUGACACCAAAGUGUAUUUAGGGUGAAAAGGGAUGAGGCUUUAGGGCUGACCGUGAGUACAAACUCCCAGUGGGUGGGGGUCCCCUUGAGGAUGUCACGCGGCGCAGGUUAUUUCAUGACGAUAGUUACAGGAUGAGCCUGUAGAAGUUUCAUUCUGCUUUUAUGUCAAGUCAUGACUUAUCUUCCCACCCAUUAUUAGAAAGAUGUGCAGCUAAUUUUUCUGACAUCUGGGAUAGAAACCCUGUUCUUUUAAGAGGCCUUCUACGGACUUUUUCUAGGUUUCCUCGGUGGUGGGAGCUCUUUCACAAGGAGAGCAGAACCACGUGGAGUAAAACGAUAGCCAAGGCAGUCGUUUCAUUGCUUUGCCCCCGUGUUUUCUAGCCUGAACUUAGGGCCUCAGAACAGAGUAAAGUGGCCGUUACCCUUAGUUCUCAGCUCGUGCCAGUUGUAAAAUAAUUUCUCCACGGCUUCGGCCUGCUCCUUCCUCUGUGCCUGUUUUUAUAUUUGCUGCUCUUUGUGGCCGGGGGCGGGUGGCGGGGAGGGUGUUCUUGAAACCCAGUGCCCAGAGGCUGGCGCUGGGCUUUUGGGAGUUGCCCGCUGGGGUGAAAUAGCCCACCUCAAUCUCCUCGCUUGCUCACGGGCCAUGAAUGAGUAAUGGCCUGGCCCGGUAAAGUAGCCAUAAAAGAGGGCGCCAUAGAACCCUAGCUUUGGGGCUCUUCUAGGGUAAGCCCAGACCGCCGAGUCAAGGGAAGAGCCUGUUUUUGAAACCAGCGGGUUUCCGACUCGGAAAAGUAGUCUCGCCCGAAACGGUGUGUAGGUGAUGUGGUAAUUAAGGGAGCUCUUUGGGCCCAAGCUGAGGACUCCUCAAAUCUAGGGUUGCCUUCCUCAAGAUGGGAUCCAGUGAGAAGCCUUACUACUAACCCGAAAUAAGAUCGUGAGACCAAUCCUGACUUGUCGCGCUUCUGUCGAUGGCUCCGAGAGUGGGGACCCGGCCACCGUUAACCCUCACGUGGGAGGCGUGUAGGUGGCGGAGGGAAGGGACGGCUACUGAACGUGUUCAUGACCAUUAAUGGCUUAAUUCAGGUAAAAGCACAGUGGUAAGAAAACUCGAGAACCUAAACUGGGAGAAGGAAGAGGCAUUUUGUGUUUGUGUGGUUCAGAAUCAAUGCAAGUACUGAAAAUAACUUAUCAAUUUGUGUAUCUACUUUUUUAAUGUUUGCAUAAUAAAUCGUUUUAUUUUAUGGG